AUGUGGCUUUCAAAAGAGAAUUCAGAUAAAAAGGAUACAUCAAAUCAAUUGGUAGCAGUUGCGAUAGAUAGAGAUAAAGGUAGCCAACAUGCUCUUAAAUGGGCUAUUGAUAAUCUUCUUCAAAGAGGCCAAACAGUUGUGCUUGUUCAUGUUAAAGUUAAACCUUCUUAUGGUUCUAAUCCCCAUGUUGUUAUCAAUGGUAGACAAUGGGAUCAACAAACAAAGGAUUUGUUCCUCCCCUUUCGCUGUUUUUGCACGAGGAAAGAUAUUCAAUGUCGAGAUAUUGUGCUUGAAGAUUCAGAAGUUCAGAAGGCAUUGACAGAGUUUGUUACUCAAUCAGCUGUUGAGGUGUUAAUUAUAGGUGCUGCCUCUAAAGGAAAUUUGUUUACGAGAUUUGGCAAGACAGAUAUUCCUUCAGCUGUAUCAAAAGGAGUACCAGAAUUUUGCACCGUUUAUAUAAUUUCAAAAGGAGGGAAAAUUGCAAACACUCGUUCAGCUUGUCGUCCAGCUCCACUCAAUUCUCAACUUCGAAGCCAAAUUAUGCAACAGCCAACAACUACCUCACUUUCUCCUCCUCACAGUAGAAUAGGAUCAGAAAAAACAACACCAUCUGGGUCACCGUUUAGUGGAAGUGAUGACUUGGAUUUUAAGUCACCAUUUACUCGAGGGGGGAGACAUCCACAUAUGAGAUCAUAUGGUGAUAUCUUAGGAGACACUGAUAUUUCAUUUGUAAGCUCAGGAAGACCAAGUGUUGAUCGAAUGCCACUUCCUUUAGCUAGUGAUGCUGUUCCUGAAGAAAGGAGGAGUACUAAUAACAGACUAUCAACAAGCUCAGAUAAUGAUUUUCUUUAUGAUACAUCACAUAGAAGGUCAUCUGUCGACACUCCUCUAUCAAGUCCUCCUCCUCCUAGUUCCUCUAAUAUUUCUUUUGAUGACAUGACUAAUGUCAAUUGGUCAAACACGCAAUCACAAUCAAUGGAUGAUGUAGAAGCUCACAUGAAAAGACUGCAGAUGGAGUUAAAGCAAACAAUGAAUAUGUAUAGUAAUGCUUGCAAAGAAGCACUUACAGCAAAACAAAAGGCUCUUGAGCUUCAAAGGUGGAAAGUAGAAGAGGAGCGUAAAGUGGAUGAUAAUGUUCGAUAUUCCGAGGAACCAACUCGAUCGUUCAUGGAAAAAGAGAAAGCUAAAUCGAUGGCGGCCAUGGAAGCAUCGGAUCAAGCUCAUAGAAGACUAGCUGAACUUGAGGCACAGAAAAGGGUUAGUGUAGAGAUGAAAGCAUUGAAAGAAGCAGAGGAAAAUAACAAGGAUAUGGACUCUAUAUCUUCAGCUGUAAGAUAUAGAAGGUAUACUAUUGAAGAGAUUGAAAAUGCAACAGAAUUUUUUGCUGAAGCACGUAAGAUUGGAGAAGGUGGAUAUGGUCCUGUGUUUAGAUGUCAAUUAGAUCACACAUUAGUAGCUGUUAAGGUCUUGCGUCCUGAUGCUGCUCAAGGAAGAUCUCAGUUUCAGCAAGAGGUUGAAGUGCUAAGUUGCAUUAGACACCCAAACAUGGUUCUACUAUUAGGAGCUUGCCCAGAGUAUGGAUGUCUAGUUUAUGAGUACAUGCAUAAUGGUAGUCUUGAGGAUCGCUUAUUCUGUCGAGGAGGAAGUCCACCACUCUCUUGGCAACAUAGGUUCCGCAUUGCUGCAGAAAUCGCGACAGGCCUCUUAUUCCUCCACCAGACAAAGCCAGAGCCUUUGGUGCAUCGAGACUUAAAACCGGGUAACAUCCUUCUAGAUCGCAACUUAGUUGCCAAGAUUAGUGAUGUGGGCUUAGCUAGAUUAGUCCCAUCAGUCGCUGAUGAGGUUACGCAAUAUAGGAUGACCUCUACAGCUGGUACUUUCUGCUACAUAGACCCUGAGUAUCAACAAACAGGUAUGCUAGGCGUAAAAUCGGACGUGUACUCCCUUGGUAUAAUGCUUUUGCAACUACUAACAGCAAGAUCACCAAUGGGUUUGGCUCAUCAUGUUGAAAGAGCAAUUGAAAAGGGAAGUUUUGCAGAAUUUUUGGACCCAACAGUUUCUGAUUGGCCAGUUGAAGAGGCUAUAAAGUUUGCAAAAUUGUCAUUACAAUGUGCUGAGUUGAGGAGGAGAGAUAGACCAGACCUUGGGACAAUUUUGCUGCCUGAACUUUGCAGAUUGAGAAAUAUUGCAGAGGACAGCUUGGAUGCUAUGAUGUUUGGUGGUGGUCAUAGUGGUGGAUUUGAUGCAUAUAACUCUAAAUCAUCCAACACCCAAGUAUCAGUUGGUCAUGAAGCAUUAAGUGGUCCACCUUCUCGUGAAAGUUGUAAGAGCUCAUCCUUUGGUGGAGACUAACUACAAGUUGUUAAAAGAUGUGUGUUAAAAAGACAUAGUGGAAACUUAUUGUCAUUAGUUCUUAAUAUAUGGAAUGCAAUAUGUGGUUUAAUGCAUCAAAUGGAUGACAAAGAUGAUCCACUAGAACAUGUGAUGUAUAAAUUAUAAUUCAGAAUAGUUAUAUUAUAGGAGAUAUAUACUUGGAACAACUCAUAAUGAUACAAGUCAAGUGUAUAGAAGGAAAAAAAAAAAUGUAUGUGUACAUGUUCUUUUUCCCAAGGGAGGUUAACUUGUAUUCUUUCUCCCUUUAUCGUUGCGAAAUUUGGAAAUGCAAAUUUUACAAGUUGGCAACUAUAGACCUUAUUCAUAGCCAAAACCUGCAAAUUUCAAG